GACCAUCCGAGAGUUACGAAUACAUGGACAAACUAAAUCAGUGCAUGUUACCGCGUAUCUUAGACUGUGUUCGGUGUAUUAAUUCACUUAAUAAAUAUUUUCUCACAUGUGAAAAUGCACUCAGCGAAGUGGGAUGCUACCGCGCACAUGUGUACGGCGUUGUCAGUCGUUCCCCGACUUCGUUAAAAGAAAAAGUGUUUAGCAGAAGAAUAUACGAUAAGAUCAAAACGUUGAUUACGAAACGGAAAUCCUGGUCGAGACAUCUUGGAGAGCGUACCGAACUCAUGCGUUAACUGAAAUGGAAAAAGAGUAAAAGGUUUUGUGUAGGACUCGUGUCAUAGCCAGACGUGUGAAGUUGUAUGGACUGAUUUCUUCUGUUUUCUCGUCAAUCAUUUCAAACGGAGGAAAAGCGUUUUACGAUGAAAGAUAGUGCUGAAAGCCACGAAUCCCGACGAGGACUGUGCAGUUAUGCAACGAAUAGGAGAAGACUCGUGACGAAAUACCUGCUGGCGGGGUUCCUGGUCAUGGCGGUGACGAUGAUACUGUAUGAGAUGUCGACGUCGCGUGUCGAGAGGAUCAGCUGCCUCCCCUACGGAAAUGGCGUGCCGAUGGAGGGCCUCAGAAUGCCUGCACUCGAUCAGAAAGAAGUUGCUCCGGCCAGAAGACCGAUGGACAAUGCAGACAUCCCCACGAUCUACGUGAUCACGCCAACUUACAAACGGCCGGCGCAGAUUCCGGAGCUGACGCGGCUAGGGCAGACCCUGAUGCACGUCCCUCGUAUCCAUUGGAUCGUCGCCGAAGACACAAAUAACACUAACCCGCACGUCCUGGAACUGCUGGACCACCUAGGCAUGCCCUACACCUAUCUUACCACACCGAUGCCGCACAAGUAUCGCAUCAAGUCGGGAUCCAAACCGAAGGGCGUUGCCAACAGGAACGGCGGCCUGGAAUGGGUGCGGAAGCACGCCACCAGCGGAGUCAUCUACUUCGCGGAUGACGACAACACCUACGAUAUUAGAGUGUUUGACGAGAUGCGGUACACAAAACGCGUGUCCAUGUUCCCCGUGGGCCUCGUGACCAGCAAAGGGAUUUCGACGCCAGUUGUGAGGAAUGGGAAAUUCGUCUCCUUCUACGACGGGUGGAUCAGCAACCGGAAGUUCCCCGUGGAUAUGGCCGGCUUUGCCAUCAACGUGAAUUUCUUGCUGAAGAAGCCGGGCGCGAGUAUGCCGUUCGUGCCUGGCUAUGAGGAGGACGGCAUGCUGAGGAGCCUCAACAUCACCAUGAACGAAGUCGAGUUUGUUGCGGAUAAUUGCACCAAGGUGUAUGCGUGGCACACGAGGACCGGGCCCAUCGCUCCCGCCUCGAGGUCCAUUUUGGAUUCGAAAUACAAUGACACGAAUCUCCGGGUGCUACGAGAAAAGAUCCAUCUGAAAAAAAAGUAGCAGUAAUUUACUUGUAGUGGAAUAUGGAACCCGAUAAUGUAUAAUAAGUGAAAUUGCUUCAGCAGUGUGCCAUGAAGCAGGCAAAUAAAAAUUUGCAGUAACUUAUCUUUAAGUGUAAAAAUGUUGUCAUUUGUUAUUAUGUGAGCUCUUUCCUUAAAUGAUAUUUUACUUAAUUUUAUUCUAAUAUGUAAAUGCUUUAAUAAACUUUAAAAAAACAA